CCUUCAGGUUUUUUUCUUCUGCAGUGUACUUCAUUUCAUUCAUUCAGAAUAAACUAAAACAAAAGUAGAAGCAGCGAUGGGAGAAGGAAGUAUCAAAACCUUAGCAAAGUUGAAUAAAGCAUCAGAGAAUACAACGGUGGUUCUAGCUUGCGGUGUCGCAACCGUCCCGUCCGGGGGGUCCGAUGUCGUCGCGUCGGCUUUUUUUUUGGGAGUCGCCAUCGAUCUUAGCUGGAGUGGAUCGAACACUCUUAGGAUCGGCUCUAACCUUAGGGUCAGAACCGAGAUAUGGUCUGCGAAAAUGAAGUUCUGGGUUCGGGAGUACGGUUACGUGUAGGGAAGUUAAGCAACACCCCCACAACGCCCUAAAUCGGUACUACUUAAGUCGAUAAGUUUUAUACGAGUUGGGUGUAUUUUAGUAAUAAUUUGUAAUUUUAGGGGUCCCACUGGACCAUUUAAUGAUUUAAUCAUAUUAGUUAUAAUUUAAUUAUACGCCCACUGACGUAAAAAUUUAAAGAUAAAGUUAGUUGAUUAAUUGGACUCGAACCUUAUCGGUUGCCUACGUACCCGUAAGACGGGAUCAAAGUCCACGUAGUUCGCUAAACUUUGAUAGUUUAAUUGUGACAUUUUCAUCACGCUCCAUUGAUCGUGAUUUUCAUAUUAUAAUUUAUGUUAAUAAAAUUUAAUUUGAUUAUUAUGAAAUUAUGAAAAGGGAAUUUAAUAAUUUAAGUUAUUUAGGAAGAGGCUUGACUCGUAUUGGAAAAGAAACGAGAUAAACUUAAUCCGCAUUUACCAUUUCGUAUUAAGAACUAUAAACAAAUAAAGUUAAGCGGAAUGGUAAAUUCAACAUAUGAUUGUCGGCAGCCCAACUGGUCAAACCGUUAGCCUCCUCUGACCCAGAGACCGCGGGUUCGAAACGAACUGAGUGCAAUUUUUUUGAUUUUUUCGUUUUAGUGUGGGGAUGGGGGAAGGGCAUUCUAAUAAUUUCACGAAAACACGGUGGCAGGGCCGCGUAAAUAGCCGGAAACCCUAGGGGCAUUUUGGUCAUUUUAAAACUUGAGGUAUAUAUAGGCUCUUAAAGCGCAAAAUCAAACCCUACUCUAUUCGACCUAGCGGCCGCCGCUCAAACUCUCCCUCUCAUCCCUCUCUAUCUCUCUCGGCCAGAGACCACAAACCCUAACCCCCGAUCCAAAACCGCCGCCGCUCUCUCCUCUCGUCCCUCGUCUCUCUCUCUCGCUCAGAGAAACACAAACCUUGCCCCGAUCAAAACCGCCGCCGCUCUCCUCUCCGCGAAACCUUAAUCGCCGCCGCUCUCCCUCUCUAUCUCGCCUCUCUCUCUUCUCUCACUCUCAUCCCUACCCAGAAAUUGAAAACCUAAACUAAACCCAUCUCAAGCCGCCGCAAUCCUAUAAACCUCUCGCCUCGUCACUUAUCGCCCCGUCCGAGCUACGAUGACCACGACAUGCGCCGCCGGUGGUGAUAAAAAUCGAGUUUGAAGGUUCGUUUCUUUGUUUAUUCUGUGAUUUCUACCGUGUUCAAAUAUGAUUUUAGGGUUUCAAGUUUCUAAUCCCUAUUUUAUUUUCUUUUUAUUUCCGGAAAAAGCAAACCCAGGGCCGAGAUGGGCCUCGAUCUAACUUCCCCUUCUUCGAUCUACUCUCUUUCGUAGAAACGACGAGGAUGAUGAAGAGACCGGGUUAAGAUUUUGUUUGCAUGUCGGAUUUCGGUGGAUUUUAGAUUCAAAAUUAGGAUUUUGAUAUUUUAUUUUUGUUUUUAUUUGUGAGAGGGUUUUGGUCGAGGAGAAGGUGGCUUCGGGCGGCGGGUUGCCGGCGGCGACAGGCCGACUACGACACAGGUAGGUUUUUUUUAUUUGUUAUAUAUUUGUUAUUUUGAUUUAAUAUCCCUUCAAUUGACUCUGACUUCUAUUCUUGUGUUGAUGCAGGUAAAAAUUAGAUCUAGGUAGGUCUCCUAUAACUCUCUUAAUUUUGGAUUUAUGAGAUAUAAAACUGAAGCUGGAUUACACUACAAUAAGGUUGUGAGUGAGUUUGACUAUAUGGAAUUUUGGUUUUUUAUUUGUUUGUGGAUGGUUGCGGAUGUGAAUUUUGGUGGUGCCGGAAAUUGCUAAAAAAGGUAACGAAAAUGGGCUACCGCUUGAAAUUUUGAUAUAUUACAAAUUGCCAAAAAUUAUUUUUCCGUGAUGGAGAUGUAAUUAACAUCCUCUAAAUUGCUUAUCUUAGCGAUUAUAAGUCACUGCCACUUUUAGUGAUUUUGCUAGACUAUAGACUAAAUUACUGUUAUUGCU